AUGGUGAUGAGUGAAAUAAAGCUCGAUGAAAUCAAAGUUGAGAGCCCUAGCAGUAUUACAAAACCACCAGUGAAGAAACUAACAUUGGUACCCCUUAUCUUUCUAAUCUUUUUUGAAGUUUCAGGAGGUCCUUUCGGGGAAGAACCUGCAGUUAAAGCAGCAGGACCACUUUUUGCUUGGCUAGGGUUUUCAAUCUUCCCAUUUAUAUGGAGUAUACCUGAAGCUUUAAUCACCGAAGAACUUGCAACUGCUUAUCCAUGUAAUGGUGGGUAUGUCAUUUGGGCUUUCGAAGCUUUUGGUCCUUUUUGGGGAUCAACGAUGGGUUCAUUAAAAUUUCUUAGUGGAUCUAUUAAUAGUGCUGCAUAUCCGGUAUUAAUUAAAGAUUACAUAAAACAUAGUUCUCCUACGUUAACAAUUUUCCUUGAAAAAAAGGUUCCUAAAAAUGUAACUCUAUGUAUAACUACAAUAGCUUUAUCAGUUUUGAAUUAUCUUGGAUUAAGUGUGGUUGGUUGGGUGUCUGUUGCUAUUGGUGUUGUUUCUAUGUUGCCAUUUCUUAUCAUGGGUUUGAUUGCAAUUCCAAAAAUGAAAUGGCACAGAUUGGUGAGUUUAGGUACAAAUGGUCGUAACUUUCAAAAGAAUGAUUGGACCACGUUUUUGAAUACCCUGUUUUGGAAUUUGAAUUUUUGGGAUAAUGCAAGCACUUUAGCAGGAGAAGUAGAAAAUCCACGGAAAACGUUCCCAAAAGCUUUGUUUUUUGCUGGACUUAUUGCUUGUUUUGGGUAUCUGAUCCCUCUAUUAGCAAUAACUGGAGUUCUACCACUAGAUCAAGACGAAUGGAAAAAUGGGUAUUUAGAUAUCGCUGCAGGAAAGAUUGGUGGGUCAUGGUUGAAGUUAUGGGUUGCAGUUGGUUCAGCUUUAUCAGGUGUUGGAUUAUUCGAAGCUCAAAUAAGCAGUUCUUAUUUUCAGGCAGAAGGAAUGGCAAAUCUUAGGUUUCUAUCUGGGUUUUUUGCGUGGAGAUCAAAGAAGUUUAAUACUCCAUGGGUUGGAAUCUUGUUGUCAGGUGCAAUUUCAUUAGGUCUUAUAUUUAUUAAGUUUGACCAGAUAGUUGUUGUUGCCAAUUUCUUAUAUAGGAUAGGUAUGCUAUUAGAGUUUCCGGCGUUUAUUUGGUUGCGUAUCAAAAAACCAGAUUUGCAUAGACCUUAUAAAGUUCCAGCGAAUGUUCCCGUUUUUUGCGUUAUGUGUUUGAUACCGGCGGCGUUUGUGGUUGUUGUUAUGAGGUUUUCUAAACUUAUUCCUCUUUGCAUUAGCGGUCUUAUUUUUAUAGCAAUUUGCAAUUAUUUCCUGAUGAACUGGUGCAAAUCUAAAGGGUACAUUAAGUUUAUUGAUAAAGAUAAUGACGAACAAGUGAUGGAAAAGGAAUCAAGAGAACAACAAUGA